AUGCGUUUCAGUUCUCCUCUAGCGUUGGCACUCCUUGCUGGGACUUUGUCAAACGCGCUACCAGCCCCCCAGGAUUCAACACUAGAACCUUCGGCGCUACCAACGGAAGCCUCGAGCGACGCCUCAACUGCAAGUGGGCAAAUCGAAAAACUAGUCGCGUAUGCGCAACAGCAAGCCGAAGCUGAGCUGAAGGCCAACUCCAAGAAGCGUGGCACUUGCAACAAGAACAAUAUCGCCGUACGCCGAGAAUGGAGCGCUCUUUCCAAGACCGAACGAAAAGCUUACACCGAUGCUGUGCUCUGCCUUCAGUCAAAACCGGCCAAGACCCCUGCUUCCGUUAUGCCUGGAGCUAAGUCACGGUUCGAUGACUUUGUUGGCAACCAUAUCAUCUCGACCCUGAACAUUCACUACACGGGUAACUUCCUGGCAUGGCACCGCUACUUUACCUGGCAAUACGAGCAGGCGCUGCGCAACGAGUGCGGCUACAAGGGCUACCAGCCAUACUGGGACUGGGCCAAGACUGCUGUCACUGGCCUUGAGAACUCGUCCAUGCUCGACGGCUCAGCUUACUCCAUGUCUGGCAAUGGAGAGGCGGUUGCAGGUCAAGGAGAUGUUGUCAUCAUCAAUACAGGACCACCAGAGAUUCGCAUUCCCCACGGUACCGGUGGUGGUUGCAUCAAGAGCGGCCCAUUCAAGAACAUGAAGGUGAACCUCGGCCCAGCUUCCCUGAACUUGGCCAACGGAACCACAAUCGCCAAUGGUGACGGCCUAGGAUACAACCCAAGGUGCCUGAAGCGCGACUUGACCGACUACACAAUCCGAAAGUGGGCGACAUCACCCCUCGUCGCCAGCCUGAUCAUCGACAACAAGGAUAUCUGGAACUUUGAGAUGACCAUGCAGGGCUGGCCGGGAACCCAAGACCUCGGUGUCCACGGUGGUGGUCACUACGCCAUGGGCGGUGACCCAGGCCGCGAUUUCUUCGUCUCUCCCGGCGACCCUCUCUUCUACCUGCACCACGGCAUGAUUGACCGCACCUGGUGGAUCUGGCAGGCUUUGGACACCAAGACGCGUACCAGCGGCGCGGGUAUUUCUGGCACUCAGACUUUCCUCAACAACCCUCCUUCCGCCAACACGACGCUUGAGGAUGUUGUGGAUCUCGGAUAUGCUGCAAGCCCGCCGGUGAAGAUUGCAGACCUCAUGAGCACAGUCAAGGGACCCAUGUGCUACAUGUACGCGUGA